CAACAUAAAUAUUCAUUCACUGAUUCAAAAUCAGAUGUGAUAAAUGAUAUAUAAUCAUUCUGAUCAGCCUCUUUAUGUUGGGUAUAUCGCAUGCUUUAUAGCAGUUAUAUUAUUCGGAAGCAAUUUAGCUGUUGUUAAAAAAUAUGAAACUGGCAAUGGAUUCUUUUUCAAUUGGGUUUAUUGUUCAGCUGUUUGGUGCAUAGGCUUAAUGGUAAAUUUAUGGCAAGGUACUCCACCGUUUUAUCCACUUGGAAUGGUUGGAGGAAUAUUUUGGGCUACAGGGGGUUUAUGUGUUAGUAUUAUCCUUAGAUACAUUGGCUUAGGACUAGGAGUGUGUAUAUGGGCUACAUUUAAUUUGAUCAUUGGAUGGGCAUGUGGAAGAUUUGGAUUAUUUGGCAUACAUCCAAAGAUACCCCAACACGAAGUGAUGAAUUAUAUAGCCUGCAUCUUAUCUAUCAUAAGCGCCGCUUUUUACCUCAGCAUACAAACCGAAGAUUGUGAUAAAUAUUCGUCAGAGGAUUAUUAUAGUACUUCCCAUCAAAAUUUGUUAGAUACUCCGAUUAUCGGCGGCACAUAUCGCCACAAAAACCAUUCCAUUCCUAAUGAUUUCUCUCAUCCAAACAAUAAAAAUUCGAUGGCUGCUGAAAAUAUCGCCGAUUUAGCAGUAAUUGAUGGUAAAAAUCGAGCAAAAAACGGUAAAAGUAACGAUGCCAAAGGACACAAAAUAACAAAUAUCAAUGAGAUAAAUGAGAGCGAUUAUAGUAACGGAGAGGAUAAAUCGCUAGAGAUAGCUUUAAUUAUGGAUAGCGCUUUUGAGGAAGACGAUUUGCUACAUGGCUUUGGUCGAAAUGGCAAACCUUAUCCAUAUAACAAUGAUUAUAUCGAAGACGUGGUUCCGAGGAUCAAUGCUAGGUCACAACCGAAAUUGAUAGGUGGAAGGGUAUCAGUCUACAGAGAACCUGAUAACAUUACAAAGGAGUGCAACAUUAUUGCGACCGAUAUCAAAUUCAAGAAACGGGUUAUUGGAAGUAUGUUGGCCAUAUUAGCUGGUUGUUUAUACGGUAUAAAUUUUGUGCCCGUUAUAUAUAUACAAGACAAUUACCCGCACGCUUCAAAAAGAGGUCUGCCUUACAUAUUCUCCCAUUUUUCCGGCAUAUAUUUUUGUGCCACGCUAUACUUUAUCGCUUAUGCCUGCUUCUCUAAAAUCGUUCAUCGCAAACAACCUUGGAUCAAUUCUGCCCUCAUAAUCCCUACUUUUGUAUCUGGGCUCCUGUGGGCAGUCGCGACUUGCGCCUGGUUUGUAGCCAACGAAAUACUCAGUCAAACCAUUUCGUUCCCUAUCAUAGCUAGCUUACCGCCGAUCAUAGCCGGGUUCUGGGCCCUGUUUGUGUUUAAGGAGAUCAAGGGUCGCAAGAAUAUCAUUUUACUCCUUAUCGCGUUUUCGCUUUCCCUCACUGGGGCUAUUCUCUCAGGUUUUUCCUUCUAAUCUAUAUUCUAGUUUGGUAACGAACCUUGUCACAAUCUACUGAAUUCCGAUCAUCUUAAAAUCCAAUUAUGUUUUAUAUAUAUUUUUAUUUUUUCAAAAAAACAAACAAAAGUCCAAUUAUUUUGAAAAAAAUGCAUCAAUUUUACACUAAUUUAUUUAUAGACCAAAUUCAAUUUCAAAUUAUUUUAUAUAUAUAUUAGACACCAAAUGAUAUUAAAAAAAAUUAUUCUAGUUAAUUGUAAAAAAUUUUUUAUUUGACUAGAUUUAAAUAUUCCCACCCAUCUUU